AUGGAACCUGUUCUUCAUCCAGAUGACACCAUUGCCACUUAUUAUAUCCCACACCAUUGUGUACUUAAGCCAGCCAGUUUAAGCACAAAACUGCGCGUUGUGUUCAAGGCGACCGCAAGAUCCUCUAAUCAAACCUCGUUAAAUGAGCAUCUUCUUAUUGGUCCCAAACUUCAAAGGGAGAUUUGCAUUAUCUUAUUGAAUUUUCGCCUCCAUACGUACGUCUUGACUGCCAACAUCAAAAUGAUGUAUCGCCAAAUCUUAAUCAAUCCGGUUCAGUGCAAUUUUCAGAGGAUUAUUUGGCGUUUUACUCCUGAACAACCCAUUCAGGAUUAUCGUUUAAAAACCCUGACGUAUGGAACCUCUUCCGCUCCCUAUCUGGCCAUUCGUACUCUGUUACAAUUGAGCGAGCAGGAUGGUUCGUCGUUUCCAUUAGCCGCUGCCGCCCUCCAGACGGACACGUACAUGGACGAUAUUGUUACUGGUAACAAUUCUUAUCAACAAACUUUAACGUUGAAAGAUGAACUUAUUGCCCUCCUUAAGGGUGGAGGAUUUGAACUUCGCAAAUGGGAUACCAAUGAUUGUUCGCUUGUCUCUGACCUUCCUCCUGGAAUCCCGUAUCCGACGCUUUCAAAUUUACAGUUCAUUCUUCCCGGCAAGUGCACUAAACGCCAUCUUUUAUCCAGUCUCGCACGCAUUUUUGAUCCUCUUGGCAUAUUGACGCCGCUUACUUUUUUCAUAAAACAUUUAAUUCAACGCAUCUGGAGUCUCAAGUUAGCUUGGGACGACGCCCCGCCGAAUGAUAUUUUACGCGUUUGGAAUAUCUUCGCUAGGGAUCUUUCCGUUCUAAACGAUUUUUCGUUACCGCGCCGCCUCCUUUGCGAUAAUUUCCUCUCGUGUGAAAUUCAUGGACUCGCUGACAGCUCCGAGAAGGGCUAUGCCGCCGUAGUUUUUUUGGUUUUUAGGUUCGCCACGCUUGAACCACGCACGCAGUUUGUUUGUGCUAAAUCCAAAGUAGCACCGCUCAAGAAGAUUACGAUUCCAAGGCUGGAACUUUCUGCCGCAGUAUUGCUAACACGGUUCCUCAAUCUGGUUUGCCGAAUUAACAAAGACAAAAUUCCUUUUAAUCGCCUGUGUGCUUGGACAGACUCCCCGAUAGUUCUAGCUUGGAUCAAAUCUUCGCCGCAUCGUUGGAAGACAUUUGUCUCCAAUCGCGUCUCGUUUAUUCAAGAGCAUCUGCCCUCCUCGUCGUCGUACUAUGUUCCUUCCGGUCAGAAUCCAGCUGAUCUUGGGUCUAGAGGGGCAUACCCUCAGGAGUUACUGGUUAGUUCCCUAUGGUGGGCGGGACCCCCCUUUUUGAAGUCCGGCACGCCCCUCAAUAAUACGACGCCUUCUGUCCCUGUCUCCAUUCAGGACGAAGAACGCACGCAAUCGUGUAAUGUGAUAGUGACCACCUCUUUAUUGGACGACUUAGUCAAUACGCACUCAUCUCUGCCGAAGAUUAUUCGCAUUCUUUGUUAUGUACGCCGAUUUAUCCGUGGAAUGACUAGACCUACUAAAAGCACCCCCCCGUAUAUCACUUCAUCGGAAUGGUCCGAAGCCUUGAUGACGGUGGUCCGACAUAUACAAGCUUUCCAUUUUUCUAGGGAAAUUGACUUCCUUAAGCGUGGAAAACCGCUACCGAAGGGUUUUCAAAAUCUCUCCCCCUUCUUAGACGAUCAAAAGAUUCUUCGAGUCGGCGGUAGAUUACGACAGGCUCCAUUACCCUAG